CUCCCAAGGGCAAAGGUGCCAUGUGAAGUCUUGAUCGACUUCCUCACUUCUUCACCCUUUUUCUUUUUUCAAGAUGCGCCACUUUCUGGCCUGUCUGCUACUGGCCAUAACAAAUGGCUUCGCACUCACUUCUGCAGCCGCAUCCGGUUAUCACGAGCAAUUGACGCUUCGACCUUUACCCCUGUCCCAGCUUCUAGCGAGCUUCAACUUCCGAGCCAAUACCUCAAUUGCCGAUUUCGAAGCGCAUAACUUUCGACUGUUUCCUCGAUCUUUGGCGCAGAUUCUUCAGUAUGCUGGGACACGAGAGCUACAUUUACGGUUUACGCUAGGACGAUGGGAUGCUCAGUCGUGGGGUGCUAGACCGUGGGAUGGAACUCGCGAGGGAGGCACUGGUGUUGAACUCUGGGCGUGGUUGGAUGCCGAGACUAAUGAGGAGGCUGAUGAGAAGUGGCUAAUACUGACAAACGCUCUGUCUGGAUUGUUCUGCGCCAGUUUGAACUUUAUCGAUGAGACGAGGACGAUUCGACCUGUUAUGUCUUUCCAGCCCGACGGCGACCACUCGAACUCGUCGCUUGCGAACAUGAGACUUCUUCAUGGCGUUCUGCCGCAUGAAGUUGUCUGUACCGAGAACCUGACACCUUUCUUGAAGUUGUUGCCCUGCAAGGGCAAGGCUGGUAUUGCUACACUUCUGGAUGGUCAUAAGCUAUUCGAUGCCUCCUAUCAGAGCAUGGCAAUUGAUGUUCGACCCAAGUGCAAUGCGGGCGGAGAGUGUUUCUUGGAGAUGGAGGAGACUGUUGAUAUGGUUCUUGAUGUCAAUCGUUCCAAGAGGCCUCAAAACAACCCGAUUCCGCGACCCCCUCCUGCUCACGAGCUGCUUUGCGAUACCUCCAAACCCUACCAUUCUGAUCACGCAUGCUACCCCGCCGACAGUCUCGACGGUCAAGAUUGGACUCUAUCUCAAGUCUUCGGUCGCCCCAUGAAGGGUACAUGCCCUCUCACCGAUCCCGAUGUUCCUCCAGUCUGUGUUCAGAUCCCCCAGUCCCGCGACAUCUACACAACCGAAGGCGCCCGCGAGAUCCGAUCCCAAAACUCUCGCUGCUAUAGUCUUGAUACAAACGCCGAACUUACUCUCAUGCUCGUCAAGCCCGAGUCACAAGACGAGGACAAGAUCCUUAAUAAGCCCGAGACACCUCUUCUCUACGCUGAUCGCAGCUUCAACGGUCACGGCCAGGAACACGGUGGUGUACAGGCCAUCCUGAGCAACCCUAGUGACACCGAUGUUGAGUUCGUCUACAUGGAGUCGCUGCCAUGGUUCAUGCGCAUCUACCUUCACACCCUCUCGGCCCGUAUUGCCGAUUCACCCUCGUCGAACUCGAGCGAUCUGAUCAAGGAGAUCUACUACCGUCCCGCACUCGACCGCGCAAGGGGAACACAGCUUGAACUCCUCAUGCGCAUUCCGCCACACUGCACGGUUUUCCUGACAUACGAUUUUGAAAAGUCCAUUUUGCGAUACACCGAGUAUCCUCCCGACGCCAACAGAGGUUUCGACGUCGCCGCUGCUGUUAUCACAACAUUAGAGCCCAAAGUUCUCAACAUCCGCACUACGACACUGCUGCUAUACCUACCCACACCUGAUUUCAGUAUGCCAUACAACGUUAUUAUCUUUACAUCGACAGCGAUCGCGCUAGCAUUUGGAGGAUUGUACAAUAUUUUAGUUAGGAGAUUUGUAGGUGCCGACGAGGCGCAAAGCACAGGUUUGAAGGCGAAGCUUUUGGGGCUUGUUAAUAGAAUAAAGGGUAAGGCUGGGAAGCAUUAGAUAUGAUGCAUGAGUUAUUUUUAUUGGUUACAAUGCAAGAUGUUACUGUUACCUGCUGUGGCCAUUCUCAGCUGGCAUGGCCCUGAGAUCCAAGUACAUGGUCUUGGGGGAGCGAUCACGAAUGAUGGUCAACGCGAGCAAGUGUGUUCUCAGUCUUACCGUCUUGCCACUUCGGCCGUGCAUUGUCCCUGUCGAAACAUCAUCGGGCCGCGUCAUUAGAUCUGGGGAACGUGGACACGAACUUAUCGCAUCUCUGUUGAAGUUUCAGAUGACGAGUUGAGGUGUACAUGUGUUCAGGGUCCUAAGGGAGUCUGGAGGGCUGUCCGCGGUGUUGACGUCCUAAGGAGGGUUGUAUUUACGAUCGCCACGGCCUUGAUCUGAAGAAGCCCCAGUUCUGCACGUGGAGGAGGAGACGAAGAGUUGACCGCAAAAUUACUCUGCAGUUCUACAAUACAACAGCAGAGAUUUAAAUGAUAAGAAUUACUUAUGGCACAUUC